AUGCUUUGUGGAAUUAUCUCAUUGUUUUUGCUAAUCGAAUCUUCUUAUCAAUGGUGUGAGACUGUACAGUAGAAUGUUACAUAUUAUACCACAAAAGGCGAGCAGUUUAGAUGGAGAGUGGACUCAUUAAUCGCAGGCAACGGGCUCGAUUUCUAUUUGAUACCAAACUCAACCAUUAUGAGAUAUCACCCUGCCUUCGAUUAAAUAUCAGAUGAAGAAACUCAUUUUGGAACUCUAAUUUAGACAGGUGCCAUUAGAGCCUACGACAUAGCAAGUUCCGGAGCUUGGACAAACUCAUUCGCAUUUUUGGAAUUGGACGACAAAAAAAACAUAUACGACUUAUAUUAUUUUGAAGGAAAUGCCUUGCAAAUGGCAAAGACCCCUCAAUUUUAAAAAAAGAUUCCAUUGACUGAGAGCAACGCAGUUAUAGAUUGUUUUGAUCUUGAAUAUAUCAAUCGUGACUUAUUCGUAGUCGAUUGUGCUGAAAGGAAUUCUGCUACUCCAACAUAACCAAUGAAAAAUUAUCUCUAUGUUGUGGACAAAUUAGACACUGCUAUUACUGCUGCCAGUAAAAGAGUCGAAGUGUCCAAUCACAAAUAAUAUAAAUAAGUGAAAGGAAGGAAAAUAUAAUACCAUGUUUAUUAUAAAAAGGGAACUGGAGAAGAACUUGGAGUUGAAGUUGAUGUUGACCGUCCACAACCUCCCAGUCCCAUCAGAAUGUUAUUAAGAGGAUAAUAGGCCUUCAAUUCUGAAACAGGUAAUACCACAGUGUUAGAUCACGAUUGCUUUAUUGAUAUUGUAAUUAGAUUUGAUAAUCAAACAUUUUAAGAGGCUGGCAUAUUAGACAAAGCAAAAAUUAGUGCAGACACUAAACAGACUGUUAAUUUCACUUUAAUCGAUUUCAAAGUGUUGCCCAAUGGUGAUGUCUAUAUUUUGGAUGCCGAUCAUGGAAUAUAUGUCUAUAAAGUGACAGAGGAAGGACAAUGGGUUUAUGCUAAAACAAUCCAGACUCUUAACUAAAAAGCUUAUGGUUUUGAUGUUGUUGAUAUGUUGAAUGACGAUGGGUUUUCAGAAUUAGCCAUAGCUGUUUUGUAUGAAUCCAAUUUGUUAAUUACUGUGGCAUCAGUGUAAAAGAAUGGAUACAAUUUACCAUUCAAAGCAUCCUUACCAGCUUCAGUUUCAUUCAGUGAUAAGUAUGUGGUUGUGGUGCAUUCAUAAAAAUUAUACCUGUAUAAUAUGAUAUUUCCAUAUUUGCUUCACUCAGAAACCUUGAUAUCUUCAACCCUUUUGGUCAAUCCUUUCGCUCCUGAUGUCAUUGUAGUUUCUCCAACCUUAACUAGAAGGUAUGAAUUGAGUGAUGGGUAUUUGGCAUCAGAGAAUUCAGUGCAAAUUGAGAAAUCAACAUUGACUUUGUAUGGAACUGAUGGAAAUAAAAUAUGCAGUAGUAAAAUUAAUUACUAAGUGUUGGCUGCUGAUGAUGCCAAUAUUUAUGAUUUGGGUCAUGAUCCCUUCCCGAGUAUGAUCACAUACCCAGCUGAACCAUUCUUAUUAUAAGAUAUAGCAUCUGGACCAAAUCUUUAAUAUGUCACCCCAGAUUUUAGUUAGGACCAUGUUGAAGUCCAAGUGCAUUUUCUAUGGGAAAUCGAACUCAAGAAUGUCAGUUUGUUCGAUGCUAAAGAUGUUGCAUAUGCAGAUGUCUUAGUUGAUCCUCAUCAUCAUAACAACAAUAAGUUUUAUCUAUUUUUACAACAUAAAAAUAAAACUGUCAUUAUUUGGGAUUGUUAAUCACAUAAUUACCAUGAUAAUCAUACUAACUGUGAGAAGUAGGAUCAAUUUGAUUUACCUGUACAAUUAAGUAGAACCAACUCCUAAUUUGAUUGGAAAACAUUCGAAUAGGAAGUAGUGACUUUCUAAUUCUAAGUCAGUGAUUAUGAAAUCGUAUUUUAUAGUAAUUUUGAUGGCGAUCAUUAGAAAAUAGGUAACAUCACUUACGAGGCUUCACCAGAAUAUAAGAUUACUUCAUUCACAGCUUUAAAGUAAACCAUUUAUGUUGUUUAACAUGCUUAAAAAGAAGUUGAUAUCAUUUUUUCAGUAUCUCCAUCUCUAGUUAAAUAUCCAAUUUAUUCUAAUAUGAUUGAUGAAUAUUAAACAGGUUGUUCUUGGACUCCAAAAAGAGUAUUUGGAAAUUCAUAUACUAAAAGCGACUUCAUAUUUGUUUUGACUGAUGAUUGUGUGAUAGUUGGGGAAUUAAGAACUCAUUUUGUCUUAUUAAAGGCUAUCGCUAUUGAACCUGAAGCUGAAAUUGAAGUUGCAGUAGGUGAAAAGACCUUCUAUAUCAUUUCCAAGGGAAGAAAAGAUACCAUCGAAGAAUUCAACUAUGAAAACCUUAAUGAUAUUUACCCAAUGAAGGCAAUGCCAUUGUAUGGAAGAUAUUCAUUGUAAUCUCCACUCACAAUAGAUUUUGUUUACGAAACUGGAUUCUUAUUUGUGAGAGCCUAUGAUUCUGUUGAGAAAGAGACAGUAAUUUUAAUCUAUGAAUCCAAUGUCUUGUAUAGAAACUCAUUACAUAAGGUAUUAAAAACACAUGAAUUGAUACCUGAUAAAUAAGUGUUAGAGACUGCUGCCUCUGGAUAAGAUCAAAUGUUUGUUUACUUUAAUGAUUUAAAAACUCAAAGAGUUAUAGUAUGCCUGAGGGAUUCAUUGAUGGAAUUGGUGCCAGCUCAAAUGAGUGAUGCUUACACAACAUCAAUGAAAGCAGCUGUAGGUAUUACUAAUACAUUGUCAGAUUCAUAAACAAGUGUAAUAUAUCCAGUUAAAUUUAUUAACACUCAAUCUAUUGUUAGAAUUAACAUUACUCUUUUGGCCAAAACAGUAUUCCAUUUCAAUUCCACUGAGAAUGCUUAAUAUUUGAAUUUCACUAAUGAUGGAUUGUAUUUUGGUCAUGUUACAAAAUUCUAGAUCACUUGCAAAUAAUGUGAUGGUAAACUCAUCAGUAUCCUCAACCCUCUUACUAAAAAUAGUGAAGGAACCUAAUUUGCUAAUUAUGAAAUUAUUGCUGGUGCUGCAUUCAAAGAUUCAGUUGUUUAUUUGGCAGAUCCUAAAUCAUUGGUAUUUUAAAAUAGUGAUGAUGACACUGUUAAAUUUGUCCAUAAGAUAGAACCAGGCACUCAUUGCACUCAACUAACAACUUACAAUGAUUAUAUAUUAGUAACUUGCAUUAACAACGCAGAUACCCUAUUAUACAUCGUUAGUUGUGAUAUUGCAAAAUCAACAUGCACACCUAUUUAAUCAGACACUCCUAAUAUUGGAAUGUUCACUAUAGUAUCCAAAGUUUUGUAUUUAAAUUCGUACCUUUACAUUUUGGAUGCUGAUCAAGAUCAUCCACUUACUAAUAGAGGAGUUCUGUAUGUUUAUUAAUUGACUGUAGAUUAAAAGUGGACUGCUAAGAAUCAAAAAGUAUUUGAUUAUAAAUACUUCAAUCUGCCAACUGUUAAUGACUACUAUAUCACUGAUUUUGAUGUAGUUUAAUUCCAAUAAGGAAAUACCUUCUAUUAGAAGAUUAUGAUUUAAACUGCAAUUGGAUAGAUCUACUUUGUUUAAAUAUACAAUGAUGGGGGUUUGAUAAAAGAUAACCAUAAGUAAGUCUCUAAUCUAGCUUCAUUUUUGAACAAAGAUUACGCAGUCAAAGAAGAUACAAUGUUCUAUUAAAUAAAGUUAUAUAAAAGUGCUACAAAUUAGAAUACCUUCGAUGCAACUGUUAUAACCACUACUAACAAUGUUGCUCAAUAUGCCAUUACAUUUUCAUUUGAUAUCAGCGAUCCUCUUAGCAAGGGUUCACCAUUAAAAGAUACCAGUGUUCCAUUUUUAUUGAAUCAUUAUGGAACUAUGAAGACCUUGAAUAAAUUUGCUAUUGGAUAAGGCCAUGCUGCUGUCCCUUAUUAUAAUUCAUCUCAUAUAAUGAUUAGCAUGUAUUAAUUGCCAGAAACAACAGCCUUAGGCGCUGAUUCAAAGGCUAAAAUGUUGACAAUCUCUGGAGCAGAAAUUAUUAGGCAUAUUGCUUCCAACACUUAAUUCGCUCUUGUUAUCCAAAAACCUACUAAUUAAACUGAGCCCUCUAUUUAUACAAACAUAGAAGAAGAUGCCAAAUCCAAUAAUUAUGUUGUCAAGAAAUAUACUAUUCAUGAUGUUCCUAAAAUUAAAAUAGUUUCUGGAGACAAAGUACAAUCUUAGAUGAUUGAAUUGUAAAUUGAAAAUGAUUACAGUUCUGCACUAGGAGUCUUUGAAAUUAUUAAUAAUAAUAAUCCUCCUCCUCCUGAUGAUGGUGAUGGCGGAAGUUCCCUCGUUUGGCUUUGGGUAAUCUUAGGAAUUUUAGGUGGACUUGCUUUAUUGGGGGGAGCCUUUUUUGUUUAUAAUAAGUUCUUUAGGAAGAAUCCAUAAGUGCCUUCGAGUGCAAAGGUAUCGUUAAUGAACUAAUGA